GCUCUCUACGUGAAAAUUUGAUUUAAAAAAAAAAAAAAGAAAAGAAAAGAAAAGAAAAAGAAAACAGCAAAAGUAAAGAGAAACCAAAACGAACGAACGAACAAAGCCCUCAGAAGAGAAGAAACAAUGAAGCAGAGUAUAUCUGAGGCAGUAUCUUCAUCAUCCACCACGGGGUUAUCGGAGCACUCGCAAUCAUCGUCGUCGUCCUCAUCGUCGACGACGCCGUUGGAGAAGCUUCAAUCGAUAUCGAAUGCAGCGGCGGCGGAGGAUUUGGCCGUCGGGUCAAGGGAUGGCGGCGGGGCGCAAGAAACGGUGACUGUCGAUCGACGAGGGGACUUCUCCGCGGUGUGUAGAUGGACAGUACAAAAUUUUCCAAGAAUCAAGGCUAGGGCUCUAUGGAGCAAGUACUUCGAGGUUGGAGGUUACGAUUGCCGUCUGUUGAUAUAUCCAAAAGGGGAUUCCCAAGCACUGCCGGGCUAUAUUUCAAUCUACCUUCAAAUCGUGGACCCGCGCGGCACAUCCUCUUCCAAAUGGGAUUGCUUUGCGAGCUACCGUCUGGCCAUCGUCAACGUUCUUGAUGAUUCCAAGACCGUUCAUCGGGAUUCAUGGCACCGUUUCUCGAGCAAGAAGAAGUCACACGGAUGGUGCGAUUUUACUCCCUCUUCCACCGUGUUUGAUUCUAAGCUCGGUUAUCUGUUUAAUAACGAGUCUAUUUUGAUCACUGCUGAUAUUCUAAUUCUCAAUGAGUCUGUAAACUUUACCCGGGAUAACAAUGAGCCAGCCUCAUCUAUGAUGAUGGCAUCCUCGGUUGUUGCUUGCCCUGCGCCCGAGGUGCUCAGCGGCAAGUUCACCUGGAAAGUUCAUAAUUUUAGUUUGUUUAAAGAGAUGAUAAAAACACAGAAAAUAAUGAGUCCCGUCUUCCCAGCUGGAGAGUGUAAUUUGAGGAUUAGUGUCUAUCAGAGCUCAGUGAAUGGGGCUGAAUAUUUAUCAAUGUGUCUAGAGAGCAAGGAUACCGAAAAGACAGUAAUAUUACCUGAUAGGAGUUGUUGGUGUUUGUUUCGGAUGUCCGUGUUAAACCAGAAGCCUGCUUUGAAUCACAUGCAUCGAGACUCAUAUGGGAGAUUUGCAGCUGAUAAUAAGAGUGGGGACAAUACCAGUUUGGGGUGGAAUGACUAUAUGAAGAUGUCUGAUUUUGUUGGGCAAGAUUCUGGUUUUUUAGUUGACGAUACCGCUGUGUUUAGUACCUCCUUUCAUGUUAUCAAGGAGUUUAGUAAUUUUUCAAAGAAUGGUGGAUUAAUUGGAGGUAGAAAUGGAAGUGGAAUUAGAAAAUCAGAUGGUCACAUGGGGAAAUUCACAUGGAGGAUUGAGAACUUCACAAGGUUAAAGGACCUCUUGAAGAAGAGGAAGAUUACAGGUCUUUGCAUCAAGAGCAGGAGAUUUCAGGUUGGGAACCGCGACUGUCGCCUCAUUGUAUAUCCUCGAGGGCAGUCUCAACCACCAUGUCACCUUUCAGUCUUUCUUGAAGUUACGGAUUCAAGAAAUACUUCCAGUGAUUGGAGUUGUUUUGUGAGUCAUCGGUUGUCGGUAGUAAACCAGAAGAUGGAAGAGAAAUCUGUUACAAAGGAGUCUCAAAACCGGUACUCCAAAGCUGCAAAAGACUGGGGAUGGCGUGAGUUUGUCACACUUACCAGCCUCUUUGAUCAAGAUUCCGGGUUUCUUGUUCAGGAUACUGUAAUAUUCUCCGCAGAGGUCCUUAUAUUAAAGGAGACAUCUGUGAUGCAGGAUUUUAACGAUCAAGACAUGGAGCCAACCGGUUCCAGCUCUCUUACAGAUAAGGUGGCCAAAAAAAGUUCAUUUACAUGGAAGGUGGAGAACUUUUUGUCCUUCAAGGAAAUAAUGGAGACUCGUAAAAUUUUUAGUAAAUUUUUUCAAGCUGGUGGAUGUGAGCUCCGUAUUGGCGUCUAUGAGUCCUUUGACACCAUUUGCAUCUAUCUGGAGAGUGAUCAGUCUGUUGGCAGUGAUCCAGAUAAAAACUUUUGGGUCAGAUACAAAAUGGCCGUGGUGAAUCAAAAAUAUCCAGCAAAAACUGUGUGGAAGGAGUCUUCUAUUUGUACAAAGACAUGGAAUAAUUCUGUUUUGCAAUUCAUGAAGGUGUCAGACAUGCUAGAGGCAGAAGCGGGGUUUCUUGUACGAGAUACAGUUGUUUUCGUAUGUGAAAUAUUGGAUUGCUGCCCAUGGUUUGAGUUUUCAGAUCUUGAGGUUUUGGCUUCAGAAGAUGAUCAGGAUGCUUUGACUACUGAUCCGGAUGAACUCAUUGAUUCAGAAGAUAGUGAAGGAAUAAGUGGUGAUGAAGAAGACAUUUUUAGAAACCUUCUAUCCACAGCUGGGUUUCAUCUAACAUACGGGGAUAAUCCUUCACAACCACAAGUCACUUUGCGAGAAAAACUUUUAAUGGAUGCCGGUGCAAUUGCAGGCUUUCUUACUGGACUUCGUGUUUAUCUUGAUGAUCCCGCUAAAGUUAAGCGCUUACUUCUUCCUACUAAACUAUCUGGUAGCAAUGAUGGGAAAAAGGUCUCAAAGACAGAUGAGUCGUCCCCCAGUUUAAUGAAUUUGCUGAUGGGAGUCAAAGUAUUACAGCAGGCGAUUAUUGAUUUACUGUUGGAUAUAAUGGUUGAGUGUUGUCAACCUUCGGAAGGGGGCUCUGGAGAUCAUUUGGAAGCAAAUUCAAAGCCUUCUGUUCCUAGCAAUGGAGCUACUACCGUUCCACCGGAAGGUGAAAUUGAAAAUGCAGCAACAGAGGCUGCAGAUUUUCCUCCAUUUCAGAGAUUGGAUUCCGUCGAGGAAAGUAGUAGUGCUCCUGCUGUACAAAGCUCUGACAUGAAUAGAACUGAUAGGCAGGGUAAGUCUCUACCUGAAGAGCUAAUACAUCCACCUGAAACAUCUGCUGGGGUUUCAGAGAAUGUCUUCCUCCGUACAAAGACCAAGUGGCCUGAGCAAUCUGAGGAGCUUUUAGGCUUGAUUGUAAAUUCAUUGAGAGCCCUAGAUGGGGCUGUCCCUCGAGGAUGUCCUGAGCCAAGAAGACGGCCUCAGUCUGCACAAAAGAUUGCACUUGUGCUGGAUAAAGCUCCCAGACAUCUACACUCUGACCUGGUUGCAUUAGUACCUAAAUUGGUCGAGCAUUCAGAACAUCCGUUGGCUGCUGGUGUGCUUUUAGAACGGCUUCAACAGCCUGGUGCUGAGCCAGCACUGCGGAUACCUGUUUUUGGUGCUCUUAGUCAAUUGGAGUGUGGCACUGAAGUUUGGGAACAAGUUCUAUUUAAAGCUGUUGAGUUUUUAGCAGAUUCAAAUGAUGAGCCUCUUGCUGCAACUAUAGAUUUUGUUUUCAAAGCUGGAGCUCAGUGCCAACAUCUCUCUGAAGCGGUGAGAUCCGUACGCUGUAGGCUGAAGAAUUUGGGCAUGGAGGUUUCCCCAUGUGUUCUUGAUUUAUUAAGUAAAACUGUAAAUAGCUGGGGUGAUGUUUCUGAUAUUAUACUCAGAGAUAUUGAUUGUGAUGAUGAUGCUGAUGAUUUCUGCUCAAAAAUAUCACAUGAGCUUUUCUUAUUUGGUGAACCUGGCCCUGCUUCAGAAAGUUUACAGCCGUUGGAUGAACAGGAUUUACAUGCUGCUCGUCAUUUUUCUGAUAUCUAUAUCUUGAUUGAGAUGUUAUCGAUACCAUGUCUUGCCGUUGAAGCAUCACAGACAUUUGAGAGAGCUGUAGCUCGUGGUGCCAUCACGGUUAAAUCUAUUGCUGUGGUGUUGGAAAAACGUCUUGCUCAAAAAGCAAAUAGCAACACUAGAUUUGUAACUGAAAGCUUCCAGCCUGGAGAUUCUGUAAUAGAUGGAGAAACUAGUGAGCAGCUGAGAGUCCAGCGGGAUGAUUUUACUUCUAUUGUUGGUCUUGCCGAAACAUUAGCACUCUCCAGAGACCCUCGUGUUAGAGGAUUUGUGAAAAUGCUGUACCCAUUAUUGUUUAAGUGGUAUGCAAGUGAGUCGUAUCGGGCCAGGAUGCUAAAAAGAUUGGUUGAUCGUGUAACCAGCAGUGCAGACAAUAACCGUGAAGUAGAUAUGGAUUUGGAAAUUCUGGUUAUGUUGAUGGGUGAUGAACAAGAAAUAAUCAGACCUGUGCUAAAUAUGAUGAGAGAUGUUGCGGAACUAGCAAAUGUUGACCGUGCUGCUCUCUGGCACCAGUUAUGUGCUACUGAAGAUGAAAUCAUCCGUAUCCGUGAAGAAAGCAAAUUAGAAAUUUCAAAUAUGAUGAAAGAAAAAACUGUUCUGUCACAAAAAUUGAGUGAAUCUGAUGCUAUGAACAAUCGCCUUAAGAAUGAGAUGAAGGCUGAGAUGGAGCGAUUUUCUCGCGAGAGAAGGGAACUUUCUGAACAAAUACAUGACAUUGAGAGUCAGCUUGAGUGGCUUCGCUCUGAGCGAGAUGAUGAGAUUGUGAAGUUAACAGCAGAGAAGAAAGUUCUCCAUGAUCGUCUCCAUGAUGCUGAGACUCAAAUUGCACAAUUGAAAUCCCGAAAACGUGAUGAGAUGAAGAAAGUAGUGAAGGAAAAAAAUGCACUUGCUGAGAGAUUGAAGAGUGCUGAAGCUGCUCGAAAAAGAUUUGAUGAACAACUGAAACGGUAUGCAAAUGAGAAUAUGACGAGGGAAGAAAUCCGGCAGUCACUAGAAGAUGAAGUUCGUAGGCUUACACAAACAGUUGGACAGACUGAAGGAGAAAAGAGGGAGAAGGAAGAGCAGAUUGCUCGAUGUGAAGCAUAUAUUGAUGGGAUGGAAGCAAAAUUGCAGGCCUGCCAGCAAUAUAUUCAUUCACUUGAAGCAUCGCUACAAGAGGAAAUGUCAAGACAUGCCCCUCUUUAUGGUGCUGGUUUGGAAGCUCUGUCAAUGAAGGAGCUAGAGACGUUAUCCCGAAUUCAUGAAGAAGGAUUAAGGCAAAUUCAUACUCUUCAACAGCGCAAAGGGAGUCCGGCUGGCAGUCCUCUUGUGAGCCCUCAUUCCCUCUCUCACAGUCAUGGGUUGUACACUUCUGCACCGCCCCCGAUGGCAGUCGGGAUGCCUCCUUCACUCAUCCCCAAUGGCUCAGGGAUCCACAGCAAUGGCCAUGUGAAUGGUGGUGGAGUUGGACCAUGGUUCAACCAUGCUUGAUUGAACACUUGGUCACAGCCACAAUGGUAACAUAGUCAAUUUUUUUUCCUCCCUAAUAGAGCUAAGAUGGAUAACAUCACGAGAGAAGGAUGUUACUUUUUUUUGAGUUGGCAUUUUUACUGGUCUAGCGGUUCUGGGAGCGGAAUGCAAGAUUGAAUGAAAUAGCAAAAUGGUCUAUGAAUAUAGGGUUCUCAUAGUUGAGUUUGUGAGGAUUCUAGUUGAUUCCGUUCUUAGUAUCGAGCAGUUACAAAUGCCAUUCAUAUGCAUUUCUCUUUUCAGGUCAUAAAAGUUCAUUAUAGGCAAAUAGGCCAUCCCAGAAAAUCCCUUGUCAUUUCUUUUUACCUUCUUGGUUCUCUGAUUCAAUUUCCUUCAUGGCUUUUUACUGACUGAGGUAACCGACAUCGACUAAAUACACGUCUUAAUUAGCUGAAUCAAGAAAAGUUUGUCUUGGUUAAUAAUCAAGCAUAUUGUUCAUGUGUUGCCUCGGUAUGAAUUUUGGAUGAAAAUGGACAAUCUGGUUUGCUUGAUCUUUUAUCAUAUCAUGCACGAAUAAGUUUAAAUAGGAGUCGAAUAGGCAGAUUAGUCCGAGUUGAGAAGGAAAAAACCGUAUGAACUAAGCAGAAGCAUGUAGCUGAGGGACAGAAAAGAGAAGGGUAGAUUUUCUUUUCCCUUCUAACUUCCAAAUAAAGAAUCCUCAUUAUUUGAAUCUCAUCUAAUGUAUCUGAGCAUUCUAGUAACAGUUUCUUUUUCCAAAUAAUUUGAUGGGUGUUAUAUUGCUCAAAGUGA